AUGGGCAGAAAAUUCUUCGUCAGUGGCAACUGGAAGUGCAAUGGAACAACUGCAGAGGUGAAGAAGAUUGUCACCACUUUGAAUGAAGCUGAAGUCCCUUCAGAAGAUAUUGUGGAGGUUGUUGUGAGCCCUCCAUUUGUGUUUCUUGCUUUUGUGAAGAGUUUGUUGCGGUCUGAUUUCCAUGUUGCGGCACAGAAUUGUUGGGUUCGCAAAGGUGGUGCUUUUACCGGAGAGGUUAGUGCGGAGAUGCUGGUGAAUUUGGGCAUUCCAUGGGUCAUUCUCGGUCAUUCUGAAAGAAGACUUAUUCUAAAUGAGUCCAAUGAGUUUGUCGGCGACAAGGUUGCUUAUGCACUUUCUCAAGGCUUAAAAGUUAUUGCUUGUGUCGGGGAGACUCUUGAGCAACGAGAAUCAGGAUCGACAGUGGCUGUUGUUGCUGCACAAACAAAAGCAAUCGCAGAAAAAGUAUCGAGCUGGGAGAACAUUGUUUUGGCGUAUGAACCAGUUUGGGCAAUUGGGACUGGGAAGGUUGCAAGCCCUGCUCAGGCUCAGGAAGUCCAUUUUGAGUUGAGAAAAUUGCUUCAUGACAAUGUUGGUGCUGAAGUCGCUGCAUCAACCAGAAUUAUUUAUGGAGGUUCUGUAAAUGGAGCAAACUGCAAGGAAUUGGCAACACAGCCAGAUGUGGAUGGAUUUUUGGUCGGCGGAGCUUCCCUUAAGCCGGAGUUCAUCGACAUUAUCAAGUCAGCUACAGUGAAGAAGAAUGAUUGA